AUGUAGCUAGAUCAGGAAACUCUAAAUCUAUUAUUCAAAGAACUAUUUAAUUUAGAUUCGCUACCUAAUAAGGAUAGUGAAGAGUUAACAUAGUAAUACUUAUAUUAUGAUAACACUGAGAGAAAAUUUCUAAAAUGUUUUCACAAUAAAUAAUUAAAUAAUGAAAAUGAAGCUAAGUAUACCCUAUCAUCAUUGAAUAGAUUAUUACAUCGAUUUAUUGCCAGACUUGCUGAAGCUUAUUAAGUAUUGUUAGCUAAAAAGUCAAUAUUUAGAUCAAAAGCAUCAACAUUUCAACCAACUAUUUAUAAUAGUUUAUCAAACAUGUAUGAUGGCAAAUAGGGAGUUUUUAUAUCAAUUAUUCAGUCCAUAUUCACUGAAUGCAAAUUGUAAUUAGAAAUUGCCCAUAGGAAACUAACCAAUGAUGAUAUAGUUAAGCGAAUUCAUAGUUAAGAUUAUGGCUCCUAGAACAUCCAAUCUUUAUAACAAUCAUAAUAGGGGUCCAUAACUCAAUUAUUGUUACAAAGAAAUAGCCCUUAACCUGAAUGGUAAAUCAAUAUCAACAACAAUAAAAAUCUCAGCUAAUAUUAUAAAAAAACUUAUUUUAAGCUUUAUGAUUUACUUUUAAUAGACAAGUAUAUAACUAAUCAUAUAAGUAGAAUGCAAGAAGAUUAAAUUCUUUAUUUUUAAAGCAAAUAAUAAAACAUGGAAAAAUUAUACUAAUAAUUAAUGUAAUAGAAUACUCAUAUUAAGAAAUCUUUGAAUUGGGCUGUCGAUCUAGACACAACUGAAUAUGAAAAACAUCUUAAAUUAUUGCAAAUCAAAUAAGACUUGACUUUUCAAAAUAAUCAAUCUCCACCUGUCAAUAUAAUAAAAACUGAUUAAUUUGAUUGCAACAAGACAUGCAGCUCAUUUUUCUCUUAAAACCAAAAAUAUAAAGUUAGAAGUUUCUCUUAAAAUUCCAAAGUGAAGGAUCUUUAUUCAUUUAGCGAUAAAAUUAACCUUUUUCGUCCAAACUACUAGGAUUCCAUUAAAUUUAGAAUUUCCUAAUCACAUUUAGAUAAUUAUAAACAAUAAUAAUGUUCAUUAGCUUAAUAAUAAAUAUUAAGAUAAUCUCCUGUAAUUAAUAUAUUAACAAGGAAAAGGAUUUUUGAAUAAUAAACUCAAAAUUCCAAAAAAAAAAAUAAGGCUUGUAGAUUUAAAAAUUGA